UGUAAGAAGCAGAAAUUUGUGCUCGUGUUUGAUGUUGUUAUAUUUCGAUUUUUAACACCUCAAAUGUUUGUUUAAUACAUAUAAAGUUUACACUUGCAGUGUCGAGUUAACAUUUUCUUCUAACGUUGCAAAUUGAUGGACGAAAACAUACACAUUUAUCUGUUCAAGCGUACUUGACAACUGAUGUUGUUUGUGAAAUCUAUUGGUAUAUCCAUUGCGUGAGACAUUGAGAUUGAACAAUUGCUAGAUCUGUUUUUGGAGCCAUUGUGUGAUCUACAGCCGAAUUCACUAUUGUGAUACUGUGAGAUCCAGUCCAGGAUCAAUUGAGAUUUUGAAUCCCUAGCAAGGUCUGCUGACAGAUAAACUGCUAGAUCCAUCGUGAGACCCACUGCAACUCCAGUGCCGGAUCAUCUGAGAGAUCCCUAGCGAGGUCUGCUGACAGAUCAACUGCUAGAUCCAUUGCAAGUCCAGUGCCGGAUCAAUUGAGAGAUUCAUAGCAAGAUGAAGCUGUUGAGGAAAUCGUUUAGCUCCUGCAAGACGCAGCAGAGCUUAAACAGCAAAGGACAACAGUAUUCCAGUCAGGAAAACUAUCCAACACUGGCGGAUUCCAGUAAAAUGAAGAAAAAGACCCGAAGAGAAACAGACCAGUUUUCAUCUGCGACAGUGGCUAGACCACGGAAGGAUGAGGUGACAUCUGAACCGUCACCUCAUUACACAUUUCACAAAAGCUUUCUUCAUGAAGAAAUACUGCCAAAUGUGCCAUUCAACACCAAUCCUCCUGAUGAGACCAAAAUACCACCACUGUCGCCAUCUAACACAGUGCAGGAACAGAAUGAGGAAUACAGGAGGUACUGCCUAAAAAAGAAGGAAAGAAAGCUCAAGAAGGUGAAAAUAAUUGAACAUCCACCACCUUCUACUAAACACCACGCCUGGAUGGAGAAAGACAACACGCGAGAUUCAAAGGUGAGGGGAGAAGGCAGUAUUAUUAAGUUGAGAAGAAAGAAACAGAAGAAAGAUGCUGAACCUCAACAAGAUGAAAUCGAGGUUGCAGUGGAGUUGAUGAAACCACUCAAAGGGCAAGAACAAAGAAAGGAAAAGAUGGUCAUGAUUAUUGAUGAUCAUCUGCCACGUCCUUCUGAGGAGAAACAUGCCUGGGAAGAGAAGUGUGACGUCCCAGUCGUCCAAAGAGAAGGGGACAAACAAGAACAGAAGGAGGUUAACAUGACUACAAAAGUCAGAACUCUACCAUCCUCUAAGUUACCAGCAUCAUCUGCUUCAGUGGUUAGACUGUGGAAGGAUGGGGUGACAUCUAAAUCUGAACCGUACAGAUUUAACAAAGGCUUUACUUAUGAAAUAAUAUUGCCAAAUGUGCCAUUGGACACCGCUCCAUGUGAUGUGCCAUUCGUCCGGAGAGAACAAGAAAAACAGGAAAAAAAGGAGAUGCAGGAGGUUAAAAAGACUGCAAAAGUCAGUACUCCACCAACAACUGAGGGACAGGGUGUUCAGACGGUAGAUCCAUGCAUUUUGAAAGUUGUGCAGGAACCUGAGGAGCCAUUGGAAACGAUGAACAUCUUCACAACGACAGAACUAAAGGCCUAUGAAAGGAGACAGCUAAUGCUAUAUAAGGAAGGAAAAGAGCAAGAGAGACAAAGGAGAAUCGAGCUUGGAGAACAAGUCGACAAUCCAUCGCUGAAAAAACGACUCCUCAAAAAGUGCAGCAAGUUACUCAAUAAGACUGUUCUCCAUCAGAGUUCUGCAGCGGUCCCUAUACAUCCGCACCUGUCCCAAACCCAGUGUCAUUUAUUUUAUAUUUAAUUUUACUAUUUCAUUAAAUUAUUUUAAUUUAUUUUUGUCAU